UUUAACGGCCGAUAAGAAGUGAUAUCACCGUUAGCUUGUUUAGCGCGUUCCGAGUCCCGACUUCCCUCACUUAACCCCGCUAUAAAUUAGGUACAGUACCUUGCAUGCUAGGUACAUCUAUAAUACAUCCAUGAAUCACUUGGUUACGCCGAAGGCAAAUUCCAAGGUUAUAGAUAUAAAUCUGCGAUAUCCUCCAUACCUAGUAUAUGGGAAACAUCUGGGCUCUUAUAUGCAUUACAUUCAAUCGAAUAAAUUGCUCUUUAGAAUAGGCUAGUUCACGAAGUAUCAUAGUCCCAUUGCACGGAUAUAACCUUAAAUCGAUGCGGAAACGGCAAGGGUUCAGCAGGGAUCGACGGCGCUAGAGAGCUAGCAAGGACCCUAUUAAGGGAAACCACGGUCAUCCAUAUCCAUUUAAAAAGUAUCGAGACGCGUUCGAUAUCAAAUGAAUUACUAGGACUAAUUACUACUUACACAAAUGACCUGAAUGACAUCUCACUAUGGCUAUCGAUGAGUCCCUUCAGGCGAUUCACGAGGAAAAACAGCAUCAGGCCGCCUAUGUUUUCGACCCCUUAGAAGAGACCGAAGGCGCAAAUCGACCUGCUAAGCGGAGAAGAGUUUCGAAGAAAUCAAGCAAAUUAGACAAGCCAGAUACUGAGGAAGCCGAUUCCUGGCGAACUUUCCAACCGCUUUUUGGUGGUUCUGAAGAUGAUCGAUUUGUUCGUCUUCGUCAACAGUUAUUUGAGAAGUCAUGGUCUCAAAUCGAUGAGAGGAUUCAACGCAUACUCCGAAUGACAAAUCAGUCCACACUAGAUGAAGUCACUUCCUUCUUACAAGCCACUCCGGACCAUGCAUCCACCGACAAAAUACCAUCCGCCUUUAUUAUCACAGGCCCCAACUUGGCUUCUCAGGACCUUCUAUUUGAGCAACUCUCAGGAACGUUGCAACGUGAAAUUGAUGCCAAGGUAGUUCGACUGAGAUCCGGUGAUGCAUCCAAUUUAAAAGCUGUCUUGAAAAAGAUUAUACACGAUGUCACUGCAAGAGAGACAAACGAUGAAGACGACUUAGAAUUAUCUGCAGGCAAAGAUGGCCGUAAACACCUCAAUUAUGACCUCGAGGCUCUCUAUGUGCACCUCAAAUCUAAUCCUCGUCGCUACAUCGUCAUCGCCUUCCAAGAUAGUGAAGCUUUCGAAAGUGGUCUGCUAUCGGAUCUCAUCUCACUUUUCAGCUCCUGGCUUGAUCGGAUCCCAUUCGCACUCCUUUUUGGAGUAGCUACAUCUGUAGAGCUUUUCCAGGCGCGUCUCCUCAAAUCCACCUGUCAACGUCUCUAUGGAGAUCAAUUCGACGUCGAACAGUCAACGUCAAUUAUUGAUAAGAUUUUUAAGGCGGCCAUCGCACAUUCUGAAGUUCCAUUACGACUAGGUUCUUCACUAGUGUAUAGCCUACUAGAUCGCCAACGAGAGCAGGUGUCUAGCAUAUCGGUGUUUGUGAGCUCCUUAAAAUACGCCUAUAUGUGUCACUUCUAUGCAAAUCCCUCGACGGUAUUCUUGUCUGACAGCAUAGAUGAGGAAGUCCUACAAGAGGAGCACAUGGAAACGGUGCGGUGCUUACCAUCUUUUCGCCGAUCUGUAGAAACAGCCAUUGAAAAUGGCGAAGUUAAGCAGGCUAGGUUACUCCUUGACGACGAUCAACAUUUACAAUCGCUUCUACGUCGCUCUCUUCAGGACUCCCGUAGGUGGUCGUCAAACGUUCUACGCAAGCUCAAAAUCUUGACCGCCAGCAAGAAUUUAUCUACUAAUUUCACGAGACUUUACUUGGAAGCUAUUUCUCGCGGUAUUGACUCCGACCAAAUCACUGAGUUUACAGAUUCGAUAAAGCGGGCGCAACCCGUCGAAACCGAAGCGUUUCUAGGUCAGGUACUCUAUGAUAUCAAGAAUGGUGACCCGAGUCUUGGUUUAGAUCCGUGGGCUAGUGAAGCUGAAGAGUCGAUUUUACUGCUCACUGACAUGUUGGCCGAGGUGAAAACCUUACAAGCCGAUGCUGAAGACCAAGGCAAUGUUCUCCGGAGCAAAUACAGCGGGCAAACCAAGGUGUUGAGAACUACUGUGAUUGCUCAGAAAGUCCAGCUCAGUCAAGACACGGCAGCUCUCACGAAAGAAGAUAAAUCGUAUACUGAUUUAAUGGAUAAACUUGUGAGACACUUGGAAGAGGUACUUCCAUGCGACAACGCAAAGGACUUGUGCUUUAGCGAACUCUGGUUCUUUGACUCAAAGGCGCCAUAUAAGGAUGUGUUUAUCCCGCGACCACGAGGAGUAAUCGAACGGGCAUUGUCACGACCCCACGAUUACCUCAAUUGUUCUUGUUGUGAAACAAAGGGGGAUAGCGCUCUUCCGUCCUUCCCGACAACCUCCGUCUUAUAUCAACUCUACUCUGAGACCGGUUCUCUCAUAAACAUUGCCGAUCUCUGGUCUGCGUAUUACGCGAUUGUCGGCGAGGAAAAUGAGGAGGGGCUGGAGGAGCGGGCCGCGCUUGUGUUGUUUUAUCGUGGACUGGCCGAAAUGAGGGAGAUGGGCUUUGUCAAGCAGAGUAGGAAAAAGGCAGAUCACAUUGCGAAACUUGCUUGGAAGGGACUUUAAAGAACAGAGUAUGCAAACUCGGGCCGUCGAAGAAGAGUCAUAAGUCAUAAAAAUAGCCUGGUGUUUGUUCGGGUGUAGCCGAUGGGGGAAUUGACUUUUGACACAAUGACUGUUGGAAGCAAAAUGAAGGGACAGUUUGCCAACCAAUUCUCACUUACCCAUUUACCCAUUUACCGACUUUCCAAUGUCUUUGGGCUAUCUUAAUAUAUGAAAGACUUCAAAAGUCUAAGACAAAAGUUGCAUUUAAGCCUAUGGCGGCGCUAGAGGACAAAGAAACCGAGAAUUUGGACCAUCCCGUUCAGGAGCAACGACAACAGGACAAAGAGCAUCGUUACGAUCCUCGUACCUACAAGAAGAAACCUCAGUCCGCCCUCGAAGCUGCGUGUUGACUCGCGUCCUUAUCCCAGC